AUGCAGAGGCAGGCUCUCAUCGGGUGGGGUUUCAUCAAGGUGAUCUCGGCCAGCUAUGGACGCAGUAACAGAGACACCUGCAGCAGUGGACGCCCCCCAAGUCAGCUUUCCAACACCCAAUGCCACCAGCACCAGUCUCUACGCAUCAUGUCUGACAGGUGCAAUGGAAUGUCAAGUUGUGCUGUACCUGUGACAAAAUCGGUGUUCUCUGAUCCCUGUGUUGGGACAUAUAAAUACCUGGAUAUAUCAUAUACAUGCCACCCAGUCAACACCGGAAGCCUGUUCAUUUAUCAUGCCAAUUAUGGAAGGAGAGAUCUCCUGACCUGCCCACAUGAACAUGCAACAACUCCCAACUGUUAUCACUCUCAAACAGACUACCUACGCGGCAGGUGCAAUGGGAAGACAUCAUGUCAGUUAAAUGCUUCAAAUACUGUCUUCUCUGAUCCCUGCCGUGGUGUCAAUAAGUACUUGGAAGUGACACACAGCUGCACGCCAUCAUAGAGACCGGAUCACCUUUACCGAAGGCCACACACCGCUGUAGACCAGGACAGAUGAAAGCUAUUAAAAGGGAUCCAAAGCACAUCCAGGACUGUACAUACAAUAUAAUAGACA